GAGGGAAAAAUGAAAAAAGUGAGGCAAGGUUUGAUUCACACAAUGACCAGGGCCAAUAGGAAAAACCCUCCCAGUCUUGAGGAGGGAAAAGGGGUGGUAGGGAUUCAAACUAAGGCAGGCAGUACAGUGAGUCAAACACUCUCAGAGACAGACUACAGACAGUCACCACUCCAUGAAGAAAUGCUUUCACUGUGACUCAAAUCCAAGAGGCUCAAAGAACCUGAAACCAAAAAAGACAAAAGAGAGAGAGAGAGCACUAGACCGAGAAAGUUAGACAGAGAUACGACGGGAAAACUGAUUAUGCCCCAAACUUUUAUUUAGCUGGAGCAAAAAAGGAGCAAGGACAAGCGCAAGGAUACUACAGAUUAUGUUGCCAUGGAAACCAAAACCUGGAAGCGGACGCAAGGACCACUGAAGGUGGACAAUCUCCCCUGACUGCAUCCUCGACACAUUAUCGUCUUCCUGUGGUGAGAGAAUGCUGUGGAGAAUCACACUCCCUGUCCUGUUAGCUGGUGUGCUCUGCAUCACUGCAGAGACCAGAAAGUCCCGUCCACAGGGUUCCAUCCCAUCCCCAUAUAAAACCAAAGGGAACCUGUCCUCAGAACGUCACCGGCUACUGCAGCGGAAACCAGAAGUGUUGUCCUCUAGUCGGGAGGCACUAGUAGUGACAGAACGCCGCUAUCUACGCAGAGACUGGUGCAAGACCCAACCCCUGCGUCAGACAAUCAGUGAGGAGGGCUGCCGCAGCCGCACUGUGGUCAACCGUUUUUGCUAUGGUCAGUGCAACUCCUUCUACAUCCCCCGCCAUAUGGGCCCCAGUUCAAGCCAUGGCCAAAAUCGAGGCCAAGCCUCAGGAUCUGGAAGAAAAAACCACAACAAGGCACAAGAGCCAUUCCAGUCCUGUUCCUUUUGCAGGCCACACCGCAUCACACACCUUACAGUUCAACUAGACUGCCCAGACCUUCAGCCCCCUUUCAGACACCGUAAGGUGCAGAGGGUCAAACAGUGUCGUUGUAUGUCUGUGGAUGUGAGCAAUCAUGGGAAACUGUGAGGAAGACAAUGGCUUCUUUGAAUUAUAAAGAUAGUGUUUGAGUGUUGCCAUGGGCAGAAAUGUACAAACUUCAGCAAGAAAAGACUGGCCUCAAGUUGAACUACUCUGUGUUGUACACAUAAUGAUACUGCCCACAAUAAAAAGAACUGUGGAACUGGCAUGGUCAAGCAAUAGCUUAUCUGAUUUCAUCAUAGACUAGCUGCUACAUUGGCAAAUGGAUGCUAUUGAAAGGCACUGGGUGAGACUAUACAGCAGAUGCUAAAUAAUGUCUAUUGUAAAACACACAGCAUUUGUUUUUUCCAGAACUUCAAGUCCUCAACAAUUACCUGUUUUUCUUUAGAUUUGUGGGUGUCAGAUUUCUUUGUUAGGUGGUUUUAAAGAUUGUUUUAAUACUACAAAACAUGACGAACCUGUAAGAUGAAGAUCCAUGCCAACAAUGCAAUGUCUUCAUUGUCUAAACAACAUGUCUAAAUAAAAAUUUGCAACAUGGCAAUGAGCAGUAAAAAGAGAGUUUGGUGUUAUAUCAUGUUUUUAUCUGAAGGAGAUCCUGACGUUGAAUAAAAUGAAUUUUAUGACGGACAUGUCCGUCAUCCCCAGUGUUUUCCACAAGUUGUGAGGUGUACUGAAUGAUUUGAUGUCAUGGAAAAUACUGGGACAAACUAAACUAAAGCAUGGACCAGUGGCAUCCAUCUGCUCAAACGACUGGCUGUAUACAGUUGACACAAUGUACGAGCCAGAAAACCUACAGUAUGUGUAAUGGAGGUGCAAUGUGAUAUACUGUAUACAGUACUUAUCUUUUAUGUAUGUGUGUAAGUAUGUAUGUAAAAAUAUAUUAAAUCUAUUUCAUAUAAAACAGCAGUGUUGAGAGUUUCUGUACUAUUUAUGGUAAAACUGUUAAUAAAAAA